AUGAGCGCCAUAACUUUGGAUAAUGAUGAUGACGUCGAGUUCCAAGCUGAUUUGGCUAGAGCAAUUGCCGCGAGUCUGGAAAUGGACCUAGGAGGUGCCCAUGAGGAAGUCCCCAGGACCGACACAUCUGGUUGGGACGCGCUUUUGGCGGCAGGCAAGGCGGCGACCUGGGGCAGAAGCACUUUGAGCGCCGGCCGACGCUCGCCGGUUCUGUUUCCCGUGGACGAGGACGACGAUGACUUCCAGCGCCAGAUUGCAGCUGCCAUGGCGGCCAGCAUUCAAUCCGCUGAGGACGAGCGCCGCCGCCGGGAGCUGGGCAUCGCAGUGGGGACUGUGGCUGGCGAGCCGCUAGCGCGCGAUGUCUCCACGCAUGGUCCCGCUCUGUCGGCGCCAACACAGGUUCUGCCAUCAGUGGCGGAGCGGUUGUCGGCUUCGCAGCAACUGCACCAGCCGGGCAGCCCACUUCAAAACGGCGGCUCCAUUUACUGUUCCGGUGGCCUGAUGCUCACGCCUCUGACCACCGGCAAGUGGCCCAGAACCGUAACAACCCGGGCACCCGUGUCGACUCACUCACCCUUCAGCACGCUAGCGUCGGAACCGUGGACACAUUCGCUUCCCGGCGCCGCCCCUGUGUUGUCCCAUCUACCAACAGCUGCCCGGACUGCAGUGGCCGCGAGUGGCGGGCCUAUCCUGGACUGUGAGGAUGUUCAGGAGGCAAGGGCCGUGGCAGCGGCUAUGGCGCGGGGACCAGCGGCCCCUGCCAGCAGUCCCUGCUCUUCGGCGGCGGAUAGUGAAGCUCCGGCGCUGGCUCCCACCAGCGCCAUCCCGGUAGCAGCGCGCCCUGACGCCCUGAUGCCUCCCUUGGUGUUGGAGGCCGCGCUGGGCGGAGGCUUGGGGCGGGGGGAAUCCGGUGGGCAGCUGCUGCUCUCCUGCUCGCCUGCGAAGCAUGCUCGCACGCCUUCUCUGGCGGGCGCAAUGGACUCGUCUCAGCCGCAGAUGAAGCGGUCCCGGGCGGCUAGUGAGGGCGGCGCUGCGGUGCCGCCAGCUCCAGGGCAGGUGCCCUCGAGCCGCUUGGCUGGCGGGCUGGAGCGACGAACUGGAAAGAGCGCCCCUAGGGCUCCGGAGGGACUGGGGGAGGGAGAGCCUGAUGCAAUGGCCGUAGUCAUGGACGGGGAUGGAUGCAGCGGCGGGGGAAGUGGGUUUAGCGACACCUGCAGGGAAGGGAGGGCGCAGUCGCACUCCCACCCGGAGCGCCCCGCCUCGGCGGCUUCUUGCUGCACAGCAUGUGUUCGGGAGGAGGGAGGGGAGUGCGUCGCCGCCGCCGCCACCGCCAGUGACCCGGCGGAAACAGCCCGGGCCCUUUCUGCCGCCCCGCCUGGGGACGAUGCGGUAAUGGAGGUUCUGGAUUUAGACUUCCGCGGCCGCUUGCCGACCUCCGCCGCUGCUGCGGGUCGUGAUGGCCUCGGACGCCGGGAGCGCUCCGGCGUGGGAGGGGAUCACAGCGUCGGGGACAGCCAUCAUAGCGGCGAGAGAACACGCGGGGUGGGUUGUGGACGAUAUGGCUCCUGGCCACCGGCAUCAGGUGCAAGGCUGGAGGGUACUCAGGCACUCACCAAGUGCCUGUCUCAGAAGUCACCAGUGUUACGGCGGGAGCAGCUGCAUGUCCAGCCGGGCAGUGGCUGCAGUGGCGGCAGCGGCCUGGAGUCCGGUUCGGACCAGUACUCGGGUUCACAUCCGGAUCUGUCGGUGUCAGUGUCGGGUCGUUCAGUCGGUCAUCGCAACCAUACCAAGGUUCAUCAACGCUGUCACAAUCAGGAAGGAAGCGGCAUAUCAGACAACAGCCCCAUGCAGAACCACCACCACCAACAACAACAGCAGCAGCAGCAGCUUCACGCUAUGUCACCACGGCAUUGCGGCAGCUCCGAUGGUGCUGGUACGCGAGGCAGCCGCCUGGCGCCCUGGGACCUGUCCCGAACAGCGCCCGACCGGGGUGCGUCCAUCGCCGCAGGUCUUGGAGCCCAGGGAUGCUCACCUGGUCCUUGCGUGGUGCGCAAGUCCCACGACCUCGCUGACCCGGUACCUGCCGCCGUCCCCGCGGGGGGAGGUCCCGGGGCUGACACUGCCGUGGCGAUCCUCACCGGCCCCGCGGAAGGACACCCCGCGGGGACGGACCCCCCCGUGAUAACGGACUCACCAGCUUUCCCCCCGCAUCGCCAUCAUGGAGCUGCGGACCUUGCUGGGGGGCCCGCUGCGCUGGUGGGGACUGACCCGGCUGGUGGAGCCGCUGGGGGUGUGGUGUCCACUCCGAGUCGGUGGGGGGGCUACGUGGCCGCUGACCGGCGGAUGCUGUUGCACCAGAGGGUUUGGUGGUGGCUAGGUCCCGGACAGGUUCAGACGGGACGUAUCAGCGCCAUCGACCGCCGUAGUGAGCCGCUGUUGUACUCGGUGCGACUGGACGUGGACGGCACGGGGGCAGAGGGCCAGGCCAUCAUUGCCACUGCGGAUUGCCUCUUCCCCUACCUGUCCCAUGGGGACAAGCUCAUGUGCCGUUUGCCGCCCCCAACCUCUAACGUCGUGUGCAGCAGCGGUGUUGGUGUUGGGAGGCUUCCACAGCUGCAGCGGCGGACUGAGGAGCGCCCAGGCUGUGUAGCCGUCGGGGAGGCGGGGCGGGUUGAGCUGGAUGGGUCGAAUGGUGGUGACGUGGGCGGGGUAGCUGACGCAGCGGGUGCAGGCCCGUGCGCCUGGAUGUGCGGUGUACUGCAGCACUGCAUCUUUGAUGGCCGUGUACCCAUGGUGCAUGUGCUGCUGGGCCCUGAGGGGGUGCCGUACUCGGCGCCGUACGAACUUGUUGUGCCAGUGCGGGACGCCGCGGAGGGAAGCGGCUGUACGGCAGCUGGUGGGGUGCCAGCGGCGACGGGAAUGACGAAUUCGGUGACUUUUGGGCCGCAUGUGCGGCAAAGCUCAGUGUGCAGGGACAUUGUGCCGUUGGGGCCAGGGGCGUGA